AGAGACAGAAAGUCAAAGCAAGAACGUAGAAAAGUGUUGCCAUUUUUAAUUAGUAAUUACAUCAGUAACAGCAUUGUUUUGUUUUGUUUUGUUAUUGUUCAUACAAAAAUAACAAUUCAAAAUAACAAACAAAUAUAUUGUAUUACAGAAAAAAUAAACCAAAAUGUUGCUGAUUGAAUUACCCGAUGUUGUCUUUGAAACAAUUUUAUCCAAAUUGUCGUAUGAUGAAAUUGCUCGGAAUCGAUUGGUUUGUAAACAUUUUGACCUAACAUGCCAAAAAUUAUUGAACCGCGGGUUUCAGUCAAUGGAACGUUAUCACACUCAAUGUCUCCGAGAAGUAAAAAGCCAGUUGCCAAGACGUGAAUCUGAAAGACGCAAUCAUUCAUUAGCUCGUCAUUGUGAUGUUUUAACAGCCAUUGAGACCCGUAUUUCAAUGUUGUCAAUGACAUUUAUGAAAUAUAUUAAUCAAAACCUUUGCUGUUUUAUUCCUGGCAAGGUGAUUGAUGAAAUAUUUCGAAUUCUUCACUUGGUAAAAGACUCAAACAGUUUGCCUCGAGCUCACGAGAUCCUCCAAGAAUUGAGAGACAUUAGCAGUAUGGCAAUGGAGCACUUUGAUGAAAAAAUAAUGCCAGCAUUCAAGUCACGCAUGAGUUCAUCAAGCAUAAGUAGUGUCAGCAGUUAUGACUUGCCAGGUGGAAGCUUGAUGAUUCCGUACAGCCCUACAUCAUCUCACGGUACCAGUCGUAGUCCUUCGAUUAUUUUGGGCCGCUACCAUCCUCACACUGCUGACAAAUUGGAACAGCAGUUUAAGAAACUUGUUUGCAAAACACGUAAAAAUAAAUUGUCAUUCAUGGCGAUAAGAAGUAAAUUGAGUAAAAUGCGUCUCCGCAUGAAGCGCCAGGGCGCGCAAAUGCGCUUACAAAGCAAUAAAUUACAUGAACAAGCUAAAAAGUUGAAUGAACAAGAGCUGCAAAUUGCUGAUUUACGCAGGCAUUUUGAGGAGUGGGAACAAAAAAUGGGUGAUUUGACCGCUGAGCUGAGUCGCGCGCGUGAUGAGUCUUUAACGGCAGAUAAUAUUAAACGUCGUAUAUCGACUGUUCAAAAAGAUUCGUGCGAUAACUCUAAACCUAAUUCAAAAAAACGUAAACUUAUCGUUGAGCGUAAGCCUUCAUGUGAUGCUUCGGAUAUUAAAUUUAAAAAAUUUAUGUCCGACUUACUGAGUGAAUCUCGAAAAGAGUAGUAGAUAUAAAUUUAAGGCUUUAAUUAAAAACGCUUGAAUAGUAAUAAAUUUAUUAUCAUUUAUAAAAAAAUCAUUCAAAUUAAGUAUUAAAUUUUUCAUUGAUAUCAAUUAUUUUUUAAUCAUACAAAAUAUUAUAAUUUCAUGCUUUAUAUCGAUUAAUAUUUAAAAGCAAUAAGAAUUUUUUUUUUACUUAAAUUAUAUAAAAAAAAAAUUUAGUACUUAAUUGCACGUUGAAAUAAGAAAACUUUUUCACGUUUGCUCAUUUGAAAAAACUUUACAUGCAUGUGAAUGUUGUAAAAAGUAACCACUGAGUUAUGAAAAAUGUUAUUUAUAAAAUUAGCUAAAAAAAAAAAAAUUUAAGUACAUAUCGAAUAUAUAUGAACGCUCACCUUA